UUAAUCAAUUGUGUGUGAGAGAGAGCAUUUCAGGAAGUCUGUAUAAAAUUCUCUGCCAUAGUUGACCAUAGCAAGGGAUGGUCUAACAAAAUGAAGGUGCUCACUGCAAUACUGCUUUUGAUCACACUGCAGUCUUCAUGUGCUGUGAGUCCCACUGACUGCAAUGCUACUGAGCCGGAAGCUGAGAAAGCUCUAGACCAGAUCAAUAAAAGGCGACGGAAUGGUUACCUUUUCCAGUUGCUGCGGGUUGCCGAUGCCCACUUGGACAGAGUGGAAUCUGCAACUGUCUAUUAUUUAGCCUUAGAUGUGCAAGAAUCUGACUGCUCAGUCCUAUCCAGGAAACACUGGAAGGACUGUGAACUGGCUGUUUCUAGACGUCCACCUAAUAUAGUGAUCGGGCAAUGUAAGGUAAUAGCUACAAGACAUUCAAAUGGAUUUUGGGAUCUUAGAGUGAAUGCCUUUAACUGCACCACAAGUUCUGUCUCUUCAGCACUGGCCAAUACCAAGGACAGCCCUGUACUCUUCGAUUUCUUGGAGGAUCAAGAGCUCUACAGGAAACAAGCCGACAAAGCCCUUGAAAAGUACAAAGGGGAGAAUGAUGACUUUGCCUCUUUCAAAGUGGACCAAGUGGAGAGAGUUGUCAGAGUGAGAGGAGGGGAAAGAACCGGUUACUAUGUGGACUUCUCCGUGAGGAACUGCUCUGGGCACCAUCUCUCCAGACACCAUAAUGUCUUUGGAUUCUGCAGAGCAGAUUUGUCCUAUGAUGUAGGAGCCUCUGACUUGGAAACCCCCGAAGACCUAGUCGUAAACUGUGAAGUAUUCAACCCUGAGGAACGCAGAAACAUCGGUGGUGUACAACCCCAUUUCAGCCAUCCCUUCCACUCGGGUAGACAUGAGCAUUCUCCUGCUGGCAAGCCUCUAUUUAAGCCCCAUGGAUUCAGAGAGCAUCAUCGUCCCCACAAGCCACAUGAACUUGGAUAUCCACCUCCUCCAGAACAGAAAAGUCACUCAGACAGACCACCAUUUCAAGGAGGAGCUCCUCCACCAUUGCCCUCUCCAGGGUCAAGAUGUCAUCAUCCCUUCUUUGGCAAUAAUGGAACCCAAAGAGACCCUCGUACUCAUAAUUCCGGUGAGCUCCAUCCCUAUGAGCAUCACCCCCAUGGACACCAUCCCCAUGGACACCACCCCCAUGGACGCCACUCCCAUGAACACCAUCCCCAUGGACACCACCCUCAUGGGCACCACCCCCAUGGACGCCACUCCCAUGAACACCAUCCCCAUGGACACCACCCUCAUGGGCACCACCCCCAUGGGCACUGCCCCCAUGGCCAUGAUUUCCAUGACUAUGGACCCUGUGACACACCACCUUAUGCCCACAUUACCCAAGGUUCCCAUCGCCAUGGCCAUGGCCCACGACCUAAACACUCAGAAGAACGAGAUCGAGGUAAAGGACACUUUUCUUUCCAUUGCAGACAACUUGGAUCUGUUUAUCAACUCCCCCCACUAAAGAAAGGUGAAGUUCUUCCUCUACCAGAAACCAAUUUUCCAAGCUUCCCAUUGCCAAACCACAAAAACUCUCUAAAGCCAGAGAUUCAGCCCUUCCCUCAAUCUGCCUCUGAAUCAUGUCCAGGGAUGUUCAAGAGUGAGUUUCCAGAAGUUGCCAAGUUUCUUGCAUAUACACUUCCAAAAUAA